UAAAAAAAGGUAUUAAGAAAACAUGAAAAGACUAUGCAAUUUACUUUCGACGAACUGAGCUCGGUGACGAUCUGAGAGCGUGACGGAGGACGUCCUAGUUGCCGCUUUUGCACACAAUACACAGGUAUUUACGAAGGGACUGUCUUCACGUGCGGAGGGAUCCUUGUUACAUAUAGGUGGCUGGCCUACUAAAUACCUCAGUUAUAUAUAUACAUACUGGGGCAAUAUAUUCGUACCGAGGCUAGGCGCAUAUGCGUCCCUGGUGAUGAUGAAGAUCUAUUCUAUACGUUGUACUCACAUAAGUACAUGUAAUUGCAUUGUAAUGACAUGCAAAAUGUACCAUUAAUAACUUUAUCUACCAGUAUAUGCCACCCACACUCUCUGGCGGGGAGUGAGUAGACCGAAACGGGUCGAACAACGUGAACUUAGUACAUUCAUGGACACCUGUGGUGGAGAAAUGUCAUUCUUUUAAGUGAACCAGUGCUUGAUACACCACGCGGCUUCAAGGUAUUGUUAAGAUGCAAAUGGGUGUCUUCUAUACAGCGGCAAAGCAAAAACGAACGGGGAAUUCAAUGUCACACUGUGUCCAGGAUAUAAAGUUACGAUCUAAAGGAUACACGGCUAUCAUGUGAACUCGGAAUUGGGUUUUAAGUUGAAAAGGGAAUUGAAGAUUGUGCACACGUUACUCGUUAAGGUUUGGCGUAUUGGGCAAUGCCCAGUUUUGGACGAGCGCACAAGAUUAUCACACUCUCUCACCAACCUCGAGCGGAUAUUAAACGAUUCGGAGUCUUGACAUUAAUUAAUACAUUGUGGGUGUUAACAGUUCCAGGCUAUCUUCAUUGAAAUGUUUUAUUUGGAUAUCGAUUUAUGACGCAACUAGCGAUAUAUGGAAUUCAACCUUUGGGGAUAUUUAGACGAAAAAGGAGUUUUGCUUAUCACAUGCUCGUUGUGGACGCGAAAAACGUGAUGUCUGUUGCUCAAGAAUUUAGAAAUGUUCUAAUAAUCAAACGAGGCUCUCUAAACAAAUAACAAACCAGGCGGUUUGGUACCCCACAAAGAAGACAGAAGACGGGAAUGGGGCAAUACAUUUUCAGUAAGGAGUGAUACAACAUCAGCGGAACGCAGCAUUAUUCGAACUCAUACCAUAACACUAGCGCCCACCAAAUAUGAAGGCUAUCGAGAAUCUUUGUGCCAACUUCAUGCGGGUCAAGCGUCUGGACCACGACCUGCUGACCACGCCUCUCUUGCGCUGUCUGUCCACUAUGGAGCUCUAUUUCUUCGGUUUGGGAUGCAUGAUGGCAGUAGGAGUGUACGUUCUCAACGGCAGUAUUGUGAGCUACGACGCCGGACCCGCCGCUUGUGUGUCGUUCCUCAUUGCGGGAGUGGCGGCCUCUAUGUCUGCCCUGUGCUAUGCAGAGUUCGCAGCCCGUAUUCCUAAGGCAGGCUCCGCCUACAUUUACUGCUAUACGACAAUAGGGGAAUUCUGGGCGUUCAUCGUGGGCUGGAACAUCAUCCUCGAGUACCUCCUGGGCGUGGCCGUCCUCGCACGUGGCUGGAGCAGCGUCAUACGUCACUUCAUAUGGGGUUCAAAUGACGUCUGGAAGUUCAUGUACUCUUCGCCAGACCUUUCCAAGUCCAAAGUGUUCCUGACACAUCCGGAUUAUUUCGCCUUUGGAGUCAUUCUCCUUACGGCCCUCGUUCUGGUCAGUGGCGCCAAACCUUCCAUUAGGUUGAGCAGCAUGAUGACUGCUGUGAAUUUAAGCAUCAUCUUAUUCACGACGAUACUAUCGUACUGUUAUGGCGAUAUAAAGAAUCUUACGCAGUCUCGUGAUGGGCUGCCAUACUUGCCUAAAGGUGUAGAAGGAGUCCUAAACGGCGCCGCCAAAGCAUUCUUUGCUUACAUAGGAUUUGACUGUAUUGCUAUAGCGGCUGAGGAGGCUAAAAACCCAGCGUACUCGGUUCCCCGGGCAAUUCUGGCAGCCCUAGGGACCAUACUGCUCGUCUACUUUGGGACGUCUACUGCCUUGGCUUCACUACUGCCCUAUAAACUUAUAGACCCGGCGUCCGCGUUCCCGGCUGCUCUGGCCGUAAAUGGACUGCCUUGGGCAAGAUACAUGGUGUUGGUCGGCUCGCUGUUUGGCCUCUCGACCGCCAUAUCAGGACAGAUGUUCUCAUUGCCUCGUGUUAUCUUCGCCAUGGCAUGCGAUGGCCUAUUCUUCAAGGUUUUCCGGCGAGUGGGCACGUGGGCGCAUAUUCCCUCAUUGGCGCUACUGGCAAGCAUACCGGUUCCCGCCAUUUUGGCCUUAGUCAUGGAGACCGAGACGCUUAUCCACUUCCUGUCUCUAGGGACGCUGAUUGCGUACACUUCCGUUUCCGCCAGUGUUCUCUUAUUUCGAUAUCAGCCUCUCUCUGUUGCCGACGUUGCCACGCUACAAGAUUACGGAUUGCUGAGUCCCAAAAGGCCAUCUAGUUCUGGUACCCGGAAGCAAAAGACUGCCCGUUUACGAGGGGAGGAUGAGCACCAGUCUUCGUUGCUUGAGCCAGGACACGAAGCUACAAUUCACAAGGACACUAAGCCCGAACACGUGGUAAGUCAUUUGGACGGAGCGAUCAAAGACGACGCUGUGUCGGACACGGACACCGCGAUGUCCAGUGAAACCGCUUCCACCGUUACCACCGUAGAGUUAAACAGUGUUAAGGACACCAAGGAGGUCCCGAGGGAAGACGACAAAGAGACAUUAAAAUGGGAUUAUGACACUCAGGAACCAGAGACCGACCAAGAUGACCCCUGUGAGGUCCCGAGAAAAGCAGACGUUGCCUCAUCGGAGGCAACAACCGAUAAACCACGCCGGAAGCCCAAAAAACCUUUAGACAGUUUAAAACAUAUUGGAGCUCUUAGGUCCAAAUUUACUAAGAUCCCGAUACUGAAGUCUUGCAAACCAGGACUGGCGGUGGUUUGCGCUGUCAUACUUCAUUUGGUGUUCUCCGGAAGCCUAGCAGGGACCCUGCUGUAUAUGAGGGAUGACCAGUGGCGCUAUGAUUGGAUGGCGAUCCUGAUGAUUGCCGUCUCUGUGCUCGGGAUCAUUUCCUGUCACGUGACCAUGGUCGUGCACAGGAGGAACGAUAAAUUCAAGACAUUCAAGGUGCCCCUAGUCCCAUUAAUUCCCAGUUUCAGCAUGCUAAUCAAUGUUGUACUUAUGCUGCAACUGUCGUACAUAACCUGGCUCAAGAUGGCCGUUUGGGUGAUACUAGGUGUCAUCAUCUACUUUGGCUAUGGGAUGCAACACAGUGAUGAGGCUCAACGACCCGACGUCCCCUUCCCGUAUAACCUUUUAGAGACCCACUCAGGCGUCUCUUACUCCUCCCUGGGACAGACAUUGAUGUUACAACAACCUCCUAACAAAUAUCAGUCAGGUCACAGCCAUGUGGACAAAGACCAGGGUCUUACUGAGUCGGACUCCAUUGACGACAUAUAUGACAAUAUUCAGGGCCCCGAAGAGCCUAUUUUACCUCGAGUUGAGAGAUAGUUAUGACGACAUACAGUUCUAGUAAACUAUUUUACGUCAUGAUGUGUGGUGAUUAUGACGGCACGCAGAGUGCUGGGAGUCUAUUUUACCACUGUAUGUGAGAUAGUAAUGACGUCACACAGUGUACUCGGAGUAUAUUUUACCUCUGUAUGUGAUAUGGUUAUGACAUCAAACAAAUUCCGAGGAGUCUAUUUUAACCUGUAACUACAAUGAGUAGAUUGAACCACAAAUUUGUGAAAUCUAAGACUGGGAAUGUAAUCUACAUGGAACUUGAACAAAUCCUUAAAUUGUGCUUAUGCAAUCUGGAUAGAAAAUGGAACCCAGACUUUUCUCCCUUACCUUUUUUCAUAUUUCGUUAUUCAUCAACGUGAAUGAAUUGUUAGACGAUUUUAAAACGUGCUCAUUCAAUAUUUAUGUUUAAAAGGAUGAUUCAUGCAUACGUAGCGUAAUCCAGUGGUUUAGCAAAAAAACUGCGUUAGAUGAGACUUAUGUAAGAAUUCCUCUAAAAAGCAUUGGACACUGCAGUGCAAUAUUGAAAUUUUGGUGCAACUGACGUCGUCCCGUGGGGUAGUGCAAUAUGGUGUGCAGCAAAUUCAUAACGAUAUGUAACUUACGCUAUUUGUCUCUCUUAAAGAUUUUAUACUUUAAGGUCUUGCCGAUUGAUUUUGUCGUGUAGAAAGUUUGAGUAUUCUGUAGUAUUUUUUUUAUCGUGUAUCCAUCAUCAUUUUAUUGUGGCCCUUACUACAAAUGACCUAUAAAUUAAUGAUUCAAGACAA